AUGACCGCGCUGGUGUCGUUGCAAGGUGGAUACAACAAGCAAGUUCAAGCAAAAUGCACCAUCCACGAGCUCCGUGUCAAUCCGUGUCCGGAGGUGGCCAAACACAAACCAUGCGUUUUGGUGAAGGGUCAAAACGCGACCAUUUCGUUUGACUAUACGGCUGGGUUUGACGCAAAAGUGGCCACCGCCAAGGCAUGGUGGACGAUGCCAAGUUUGGAUUUGCCCUUCAUCGGGAUGGACAACGAUGCGUGCAAAUACACUGGAUGUCCGAUUGUGGCAGGAAGGAAGCAGACCUAUUCGUACGAGUUGCCGAUUAUGAAGCUUUUUCCGAGUAGAGCUUAUGACGUCAAGUGGCAGCUUCUUAAUGAAAAGGGGGAGCAGUGUUGUUUCAUUAUUCCAAUUGUGAUCAAGAAUAAACGAGGAAGGAUCUGAUGAUCAUAGCAGUGUUAAUAUUGGAAGAUUUAAUAAAUAAAUUGAAUCCUCAUUUCGAGAUAAUCUUGUUUGCAAUUUUGCUCUUGAAUCAUGUGAUUUUUUUAAGUUCGAGACUAUCAAUUGAUUUCAACAAAAUUGAGUUCAGAAUUAUUGAAAAUUGUAUGACUUUAUGUUGAUUCUUAAGGAAACUAACAUGAAAAAUAUACAGAAUAGACCUCUUAGACAAAUUGCCGUACUAAAAAUUAUAUAAUCUUUAUUUUAGCGGCU